UGAUCCAUGGAGGCCAAAGGCGUUAGAUCCUUGGAGCUAGAGUUCCUGACCCUUGUGAGCCACCCCAGCAUGAGCGCGGGGAGCUGAACCCAAACCAUCUCUGCAGCUCUACUUGUAUCUUUUUAAGACAUCAUUUUUGUGUGUUUAUGAUGGGCACAUGUGCAUGCCUCCAUGCAUAUGCAGAGGUGAGAGGAGAACUUCCGGCGGUCGGUUCUCUCCCUCACAGGACCCUGGGGAUUGAAUACAAGUUGUUGGGCUUACGCAGCAAGCUCUUUUUCCUGCCGAGCCAUCUUUCUGCAGCCACUUUUACAGUUAAGCUGUCUGCUUAGGGACUGGUCAAGUGUUGUGUACCGGAGUCUCUUAUUGGGUCUGUGUGUCUGGAAAACCUUGGCAUCUGCAGAAGGUGUUUCGAUCAUGGCAUCUCAAAGCAUGCUGCUUUCCUUCUCAUGGCCUUCAUCUAUCAAUUUCUUCUUUCGCUACUUUGUUUUUCCUGUUUGAUCUAAGAAAUCUUUGCCUAAGCCAGGGCCACGAAUACGUAUACUUGUGUACUUGUGUUCUUCUAAACAUUUAUAAUCUUAGACUUGGCAUUACAUCUGUGCAGGAUCGACUGUGAGUUAAUUUUUGUAUGUGAUGUGAAGAAAGGGUCCCUGUCCUUGGAGUGUGGGCCCCCAGCUGCCAGAGAACCAUUUCCACUUUGGCUCCUGAGCUGAGGCUCACGGCUUCUUCUCAUUCUCUCCUUUUGGCCACCAUGGUGGUCAGCAGGCUUGUGGGUGUGGUAUCAGCUGCUGGUUUAAGAAAGUGCUUCUCAUUGCCUAGUCUGGAGCAAGGAGCUCUCACAAGGACAUAUAUAUCUGUGUCAGUGAUCAUGUGACUGGCCAAAGGCCUUGUGGUCUACCCAGUCAGAGAGAGUCUGUUAGCCUCUUUCCAGCUAGAUAUUCUGGCUUCAGUGUUCCCCUUGCUCCCUGCCUCAGCUUCCCCAUCUGUGAACUAUGGAUGAUAAUAGCUCUUUGCCUCCCAGGGCUACUAGACAAAAAAAAAAGUGAUCUAUGUUAUGUGUGGUGGUAUAUGCCUAUAAGCUCAGCAUGUGGGGAGUGGAGGGAGACCGGAAGAUUACAAGUUCUAGGCCAGCCUGGACUAUAUAGGGAGAUCCCUACCUCCAAAAAGGAAACCUACAUCAUAGCUGCCCAGUGCUCAGAGGAGCUGGUUGCUGGUUGCUGUGACUGACAUCAGCUUGAGCUGGUCAGCCUGCUUCUAUGGGGAUGAAAAGAAAGGGCAGUUGGGGGCUCUUCUCCACGCAGACCAUAGUGUCCAAGUGGCCACAGGACUCUGUCCUCGGGAAGCACAACUUCUCUAGAAAGGUCUGGCAAAGCACGGGCCUUUCCUAUGCCACAGGUACACACAGUGGUCCUCAGAUAACCUCACAGUAGCAAGCCCGGUAUCGGGAUACAAUGUAACAUACAUUUCUCCUCUCUGUCUGGUUUGUAUUAGAUCCGUGUAGCAAGCAAGCAUUCACCCAUACCACAUGCCUGCAUAAUGUACCCCUCUUCUCAAUGACAUGCACAUAGAUAAAUGUGCCUGCAUCUCUGGUUUGUACUGGAUCCAAGUAACAAGCGUGCAUGUACAUGCUCUCCCCUUCUUGCACACCUCUGCUCUUGGGCAUAGAGGUGUGUAACACAGAUGUAUGAGCACACAUCCUUAGACACAGGCCCCUGCACACACCCUGCCUGCAGCUCCUCCCUCUCCUGCCCCUUCAUCUUCACCUACAGGCAGCUCUCUCACGACAGGCUAGGCUCCAUGGCCAUAGCGCCCACCCAUCCUUCCCAGGUCUGUCCUCACCGGCCCCUUUUUUGCAACCCUCCCCCAACACCUGAGUCCUAACUGGGGUGGAGGGCUCUCAGGCUAGGUGCUGCUGUCACUUUUUUUUGUCAGGAGGCCACCCUGUGCCUUUUAAGAUGUUUAUUGACGUCCGUGGCUUGUCCCCAGCCAGAUUGGUAGCGCUUUCUCCCUCCAGUUGUGAUGACCAAAACUCAUGUCCGAACACCGCAGAUGGCAUCUGCAGUCACACUCUUAGGAAACAGAUGCCCCCACAGGCUCCUAUCCAGAGUGUUCAGGCUAGAACGGGUGCUAGGGGACAGGGGCAGAGGAGAGAUCUGCUGGGCGUGUUUUUGAGUGUAUCCUGCAUUGAGAAUCCGUUGCACACUUGUCUCCAGGGUCUUGCACACUUUUCUCCAGCUGUCCAGAGCGGCCUAUGCCCUCCUGGCCUUGUAGAUUUGCUGUGACUCUCUCGUCGUCUUUGCGGGUGCCCCGGACCCCGCAGCCUCUCUUCCUUGGCUACGGCCACCUUUGCCUGCAAGUGUGUCUGCAAAACUCACAGAAAUGGAGAGAGACAUGGAGCGAGCCGCUGAGCUGAGCCCCUCUUCUGAUGAGGAAGCCUUAGUUUUGAGGCAGAAGCCUGAACUGACACAAGUCCGAGACAAGGGUGACGUCACUCUGCAGCAGUGGAAAACGCGGCAGCUGCAGCGCCUGGCUGAGGAGCUGAAGGUAGAGUGGCAGGAGGCGCGGCUGCAGCAGGUUAGAGACAUGGAACGCCUCUAUUUAGCCCGUCUGUUGGAUGAAGCAACAGGGCGGGCCACGGGAAACAACUUCAACUUGGACGAACACAGCCAUAGAGGAACAGCAAAACAUAUGAGGGCUAAGGAGAGAAACAGAGCAGCAUUUAGAGAGGAGAAGGGCCGCCGGGAAGAGCACCCCAGGCAACACCCUAAGUCCCGGAAAAAAGCAACAUGCUCAGAGAGACAGGGUUCUACCAAAGUCCGGGUCCCAAAAACCUGUGAGAAGUGUAAAGGGAAGCGGGUGCCUUCGAGUAAGAGCAAUGGCAGCUACCAGCCCUUGGGCCCUCGGGUGAGCAGAGGGGCAGACCUGGUAAAGCUCAACCCACUCUUGACUGGGGCUGGGGAAACUGAGUGCGUGGAGGAAGUACCCCGGGAGGGGAGGCGGCUGAUGAGAAGGGGGUCUUCACGCUUUGCUCAGAACAUGAAUCACAACUCUACAGAUGAGAGUCUGCAGGACAAAACAGCUGACUUAGAACAACCCUUGCUCCUCAGCUCCACCUUCAGACAGGAGACCACAACCCAGGGGUCGCCGUGCAGGUACACCAAUAAGAAUCAGUGGCACAAAGAGCUCGAGUCUGCCUUCGAAGAAUUGUUUAACACCAAUCAGAAGCUGAAGAAACAUCUGAAUUUGCACCUGGAACAGAAGUUCAAGAUAGACCAGAAUCCAGAUGAGCAACAGAGCUGCUCAGAGUUUCAGGGCAAGAGCAGCGACAUCCAGAGAGGGGAGAGUACAGAGGAGGCAGAAACGACUGCUGAGGAGUAUGGGAGCCCAUCAGACAUGGAGGCCCCUGAAAUGUGGUCCAAGACCAAUUUGAAACAGUUGCUAAGUGAGGCUGAGUACCCCAGGUACCAAACCACAGCAAAGCACCUAUUAAGGCCUGAAAGCCUGACACCUGUUCCCGAGGCAGGAACAUCUAGCGAACAAGAUGACUCGUUCUCAGAGAGCCCAGAGUCAGGACGGGAGCCACCCAAGUUGGCCACAACAGAGGAAGAAAGCCUUAGGCCUUACCUGCAGAAACAGGACGGCUCUAUAGCAAGCUGGAUGGCUUUGAGGCAAAAACAGAAGGCAGAGUUGGAGCAGAAAAGGCAAAAGACAUUGUUGGAGCUGACAGAGCACCCCAACAUGAGCUUGGAAAUCCAUUACAAGGCUGAGCUAGAGGAAGAACGCAGGGAACGCAGAAGGAUGCGUUUGGCUCUCCUCAAGUCUUAUUCCACUGGGGUCCCGGCCCUAGCCUCUGACAAAAACACUUCCCUGAACAAUGGCCUUCUUGACGAGGACAAACAGAGCCAGAUGAUCCGUGACCUCCAGCAGCAGAUUUUAGAGCAAAACAAGUUACACAAGCAGUUUUUGGAUAAAGCCAGGAAACGCUUGCAAGAGUUUCAAAAGACAUUUUAAAGGCAGACCCACCCGAGAUAAAUACAUCCCUGAUGGCUGCUUUGCCUGCACCAUGCCUGUAUCUCUUAAGUCUGUUUAUUCACCAUCUUGGCAAACUCCUUCCCGCAGAAGCAGAAUCCCUGUGGGGUCCAGAGAGCGAGUCUAUCCCACGUUCUGCAGAUGGAGUCUGUUUUUUAUGGGCUGUGUGUACUUAAUGGAAACCCCAGGUAGAAUCAGCUCUUGAGAUGUUUUAGCCAAACCCUGGGCUUUCAGGGGCAUUCAGGGUCAGUCGGGCGCAGUUUCAAAAGAUACAUCAUUGCUUGCUUGGCCUCUGGCUGAGACAGUGUCAGAGCCAUUAGCUAAACCUCUCUCCUUUAGAAGGCGGCUGCACACCAAAAGACAAAGCCAACAUUGUUUCACAAUGUAUGCAUUCUUAGAACCUUUAUGGGUGGGGGGAGCAGGCAAACCCCCGCCCAGCUGGGUGACAGAGUCACCCAGUGAUGAUGGGGCCAAUGCUGAUGGGUGGGGGUGGGAGGGAAGACCUGGGUGUUAAGUUUACUGCUCUUAGCUUUUCAAAAUGAACCAGCAGCCACCUGGCUGUGGGGAGCACAUGUUGGAUAGAUUGGGGACCACUCUGAACGAGCAGCCACCUGGCUGUGGGGAGCACAUGUUGGAUAGAUUGGGGAUCACUCUGAACCAGCAGCCACCUGGCUGUGGGGAGCUCAUACCAGGUAGGCAGUAGCCAACAUAGUUUUCUCUGCAGAGCCGAGAGGGUGAAAGCGCUUUCUCUGCCAAUCAGCCUCUGGCCACUGCUGGGCUCUAUUUCUGCAGCCCCAAAGCUGCUGUGGAACGGCUAGGCUUAGAGCAGUGUGCAUGAGACCCUAGGUUCAAUCCCCAACACUGCAGUCGAGGCAUUGGUGGGAGUGGGGUCUGCCUUAGAGCACGUAGUCAUGAGUGGGCGUGGCCAAGUACAAUGAGAUUUGAUUGGCUAAGACAGUGGUUGCUGACUGGCUCUUUGUUAGUUUCUGGAGCUCUUUUCAUUUCUUCCCUUCCUCCUCCCAUCUUUCUUUCACGGCCUUUUUCCAGAUACCUUGAUUGAUCAUAUUUGAUCAUGACUCAUUAGAAAUAUUGGUCCAUAAAGGGCUAUAUUUAUCUCCUAAGUGUUUGGUAGAUAAUAUAAUGAACAAUGUUAAGUAUGUCAGCCAAACCCACAACCUGGGUGGGAGGAGGAGCCAAAAGCAGGCUCUCUGCCAUGUAUUGAUUAUCUUUCCUAAUCUCUCAUGUCUUAGACAUGCACCUGCUGAGCCCUUCAACAUACACAUGUGCGUUGAACACGGUCGGUCAUGGGUGCUUUUCCUUGGGGUUGAGGUUCCUCUUCCCUGCUGUGGUCUAGCUCUUGAUGUCCAGCCACAAGUCCAGAACCUCUGCUUGCUCACCCUCCCCAUGGCAGGAUCAUCUCGUGGACUGUCCGAGCCUGUCUUCCAGGAUCCCAGCUGCGUCUGUGCCCCUUUCUGGAAAGAGAGGCUGUGCCGCCAGCGCAUUUGGAUCAGGUCUGGUGCCGAGACGCGCUUUCAGAAUCUAACCCCAGCCUUGGCACCAGCUCUUGUUUAAAACGCUUUUGGAAGCUGCAAAUGAAAACGUGCAGCUGGGGCGUAGGUGGGUGGGCUCCGCUCACCACCCCUCUGCUUCCCGUUGGCGCCAUCUCUCCUGAAAGAGAUUCAUCUGCUCUCCUGACACUUUUUCACUUAUACUGAGUACCAAACUCUGUCCCUGACCCUGUCCACAGCUCUGUCCCAGGAGGUAAGCCUUGGGUGGCACAUGAGGGCCAUGUAACUUGUGGCUAGCAGAAAACACAAGCGACGAGUAGCCUUGUGUGGCGAGCGUUGGCCAGGGGCUAGGCCUAUAGCAAGAUGUGAAACACUGGCCCUGUGUGUGGUUCUGAGCAUCCUGAACCUGAGGCUUCCUCUGCCAUGCUGCUCAUUUGGCUGGACUCUCUCUCUCAGGGUUUGAGAUUUGCCUUUUGUUUCUCUGUCAUUGUACUUUGUUCCCACACGGUGCCUGACUGUCAGUUGUUGCUCAGGGCUGUCUGGACACCCUGCAGCAUCACCUCUGUCCCGAAGAGUAGUGUGUGUGUUUGUGGCACCUCUUAGCUUAAAGCUGUGGUCACAACUGAGCCUUACAUUGUGUAACUGAGCCUCCCGACUUAGUUGGAAGCCACAGCCCAGUGAGCAGACGCAUCUUCCCGGAGCCCAUUGUUUUUGUUUCCAUGUGCAAAGAUGGUAUUUGUGGCCCGCGUUCUGAGUAAGGAAUCGCUCCUUCUUGGCUACACUUGAGCUAAAAGUAGGUGUAGGGAUGGGCGUUGAGACACGGUGGAGGGUGACUCAUCUCUGCCCGGACAGUAACACCUACACUAUCCCUUGGUAGUCAGGAUGAGAAGAUACCCUGCCCUCUCCCCAUGUCUUAUAGAAGGCUAAAGAGGGGUGGGAAAGCCUUAGCCCGGGUCAGUGGUGUGGCUAGUGUGUCCAAUCCUGAGGAUCUCCUCACCCGAAGAAUAUAACUUCCCAAUGACUCCCUAAGGAGCUAUCAUGGCUACUUCCCACCUCACCCUCGGAGGCUCGGAAGUCUGCGUAGACCCCGUUUUCACUCUUUCACUCACAUCAGGACGUCUGAGUGGCAACACAAAGGAAGUCCUCAGGUGCAACCUGGAGUCUCCCCGCCCCCUCCACUCUUCUCACCCCUGAGCUUCCACAGGGAUCUUGUGUCCUAUAGACAGUGACAGGAAUGAAGAGUCUGGUACCCAAGGGGCCAAUGCUCUAACCUUCUCCAACCUUGACACUCUAUCUCCUCCCCUCGUGCCCAACUUGCAGCCAUCUCUGUCACCAACUCCCUCAUUCUUGACACAAGUAUUCAAAGGGGGGGGGCAAUUUUGACUCCUGCUGGCACCGCUCAAAUCCUUCCUGAAACAUUAGUUCACAUAUGGCAGUUCUGACCGGGGGCGGGGAGGGCAGUAUUCAUACUCCAGGUCUACAGGCUGCCUGGUCCAGUCUCCAGCUGACUGAAAUGCAGAGUAGUGAGCAAGUACACUGGAAGGUGUGUGUAGCUUCUGCCCAGAAGCAGGAGAACCCAGGCUCUCUCCCACAUACCUCUGCAGAGCACUGUGCACCCUUGAGCUGCUCCCUGACUUUGUGUCUGUACUCACGUGGGAAGGCAGGUGCAGGAUCUUUAUUCCUGCUAGGGACCGCAUUUAUCAGGAUCCUGGCCAUCAAGCUACUUCUGUGUGUGUCUGCUUCAUGCCUCUUCUCCAGUCUACAUGGACUCAAGACACAUCUGGGGCUGACCAAGUGGUGGACAGGCAUCGUGUUUGCCCAAGAGGUUUGAAGGACAGCAUCAAUACCACUGUCCACAGGGUGGGGCAUGCCCAGAGUGUCCAACAGGUGAGAGAUGCAGACACAGCCAAUCGGCUUCCCUGCCCUGCUCGGUACCACACUGGCUGAACCGUUCAGUCAUGAUCAUGAUGAUGCUGUGGACGCACAAUUGGUUCAGCCACCUGUCCCCACUGAACCCCAUGCACAGGCAGCAUCCAGGACUUCAUACCUCUGAGAGAGGAUGGGUUUCAGAUAGGGGUGUGAAAUUGGGAGUGGGGCAGGGACCUUCUCUAACCUGCAGUGUCCCUCCAACAAGUAGGAAAUGACAAGAGGUCAGUGCAGACCUCUGAGACCAGACAGGGUCCGGCUUCCAGCCAGUCACGAGAGGAGCCAGGCUGGGGAAGUGGCAGGUCCCGGACCAUCUGCCUGGAGACUUGAGAGCUGUCCUGAAUGUCCUCCCAUACACCAUGGCAUGGUGGUGGAGGCUGUACCAAUGAGGGACUAGGAGUGGGAACCCACGUCCUCCUGUCCUCCCUUCAGACAUGGUUUGUUGACUCUACUCAUAGCCCUAAGCCCUAGUGCCCCACUCAUGGGCAGGGCUUGUCAGUGCUAAGCGCUGAAGCAGAGGUCACAGGUCACCUUAGAUUUGCUCCUGGAAACGGGUGGAUGAAGAAAGAUGACCGCUGGCCCUCCACUGUGGAAAAAAAGAUCCUGAUCCUCCACUGCUGUCAUGUCCCCCCAGCCCCUUCCUCGGGGCUGUGUGGAGAUGGCUUACAGGGGUGGGCAGAAUACCCCAGGGACCUCUCUAGGCUCUCUCUGCCUCCAGCCCUGCCAGGCUACUGCCCAGCUUACCCGGGUUUGGGAUUUGCAGAGCUGAGCUUGGCUUCCUCGAGGCCCUUGGCUCCUUGGCGGAGAAACUGCCGAGCAGCAGCCUCCUCCACAAAGCCACACUGUUCUCAGCAAACCCUCCCAGGAGCGGGACGCAUUUUUUUCAAAUGAUUCAGCAGCACGUGAAUGGGAAGGGCCGCACUUAAGGCCCUGGCAUCAGAUCUCGCUGGCCCGCAGCUGGAAAGGACGGGUGGCAGGGUGUGGCUUGGUCCCACCAGGCCUAGAGCCGAGGAGCCAGGGUCCUGGGGGGCACGGGGCAGCUGGAGGGCUGGGCCAAGAACGCUGUAGCCUCCUUCUGUGCACUCAUAUAGAUGUGCCAUCGCCCUCCCCGAGAAGAGCCAAAGCAAUGGGCAGGAAAUGGAGAUGGGAAAGCUGGUCUCCAUGGAGACGGGCAUCUAGCGGACAGCCGCCCUCCUGUGCGUGCUAGCAUGCUAGAAUCUGAGCGGUGGGCAGGGAGCCUGCUGCUAGGCAGGCCUGGCAUAUUCCCAGGCACCAGUCCAUCGGUGGUGUGGCCCAGAGCUGAAUGCCCCAUUCCCCUUGCCAUUCCCCUCUCUGCCUCACCCUCCGCCACACCCAUCUGCUCGCCUUGGCCUGAGUUAUUAGAGAUGAGCGGGUCUUGACCUCAUCCUGAGUAGGCUCAGCCCUACCCGAAGGCUGGGGCCCUGCUUGGUUUCACACUCCACGCCCCCCCCCCCUCAAAGCCCAGUUGCUGCCUGUGAGGGGAUCGAUCACCGGAUUUGGGAGUGCAUGUGGGAGGGGCUGGUCUCAGCUGCUGAUGCAGGGAAGCUGUGCCCAAUCCUGGUCACCAGCACAGAACUGUUUUUAAUUACUGAAUGACAGCCCCUUUUUCCCUUUUAGGAAAAUGAGAGAGAGAGAGGGUUUGGAGGUCUUUUUCACUAAUGCCGAGUGGCUGGACAUGGAGGGACAAAGCAGGGCAGAGCUCGGUGGAUGACCUCAACCAUCUACAGAGGGCACCUAGAGGUGGCAGCCAUGGGAAGGGUGUCACCAUGAGGCCAGAGACAGAAGGCAGAGGUGGAGUCCUUGUUACCUGAGGAAUUGUGGGCACCAAACCCGUCUUUGAUUCCUUGGGACACCUGGAUGUUCACCCAUGCCUGUAUCCCCGCAUGCUGAGGUUUGGCCUCAAGCCUGGGAGGCAGAGGUUUUAAUGCCCCAGGGCUAAGCCUCCGUGUUACUCACCAUCCACAGCAGUUCCUCCAGCCAGUUCUAAGGAACAAGGGUCUCUCCAAGUCUUUCCCAUGCCCUCCACAGCCCCACUCAGAUUCCAGUGCUCCUCAAGGACAGCAUCCUGGACAGAGAAACCAUCCCAUGGCAGCUGUCCUAGGACAAGGCCAGGGACCAUGUGGCUAGUCUUCUGUCCCCAUCUGAGGGUGUCGAAUUGGAGCAGUGGGGGCACGCCUCAUUCUCUGGACUGACUUUCAGGGUUAAAGAUAAAUUAAUCCAGGUACAAAAGGCAAGCAGCCUUUGCUGGCCAGCUGCGGGUGCCAUGUUGUCCACUAGAAAGGGGCAAAAAGACUGAUCCCAAGCAGCAGCCACAGGGUCUAGUUAUGGAUGGAAUGGGAACUCUGCUAGUUGAAUUGGUGUAAAUGACAAGGUGGUGGCACACUGUUUUCUGGGGAGCUUAAUAAAGAGACCUUGCAGCUCCCCCACCUCCUGACAGACUGGAAAAAGACAUCAGAGCCUCACAGGUUGGGUUUAUUCUGGGAGAGAAUGAUGUGUCUUUUAUAAUCCUCGAACUGACUGGUGUGUAACUCUACCAUGAAAAAAUGAAAUGGGCCAGAUGACCUCGGGAUGACAUUUACAGCUAGACCUGACGUUACUGCUUGCACAUCUAGGAGGUGAGGAAGGUCUUUCUGUGGGGCCCCCCACCUUGAUGCUAGUAGCCUUAAAGUGUGUAUCUCUGUCUUUGGUUGAUCCCAAUCUAGUUACAGUAUCAGCGUGUUCCCAACCCUUGAUUUGUGCUGGCAGAAUCUUGGCAAAGGCUCCUGUUCCAUCCAAGCUCCAGGAGGGAGGAACCACCCCCAAAUUAAACUUCCAUGUUUUCUGUAGGACCUUGCUGGCCCCAGGUCACAGCAGAACCCUGAAGGACAGGGUGGCCUGAUUGUAACCCUCUGGUGAUCUGGAAUCAAUCUUUCCAGCCUCAGAAGAUAGGUGUUGAUUGCUGUGGGUUCAUUUCUGCUCACUGUGGGGAGCUCACAGAUCAGAGAGGGUGCUAAGUGAAUCCAUCCAUAGUAUGUAAAUAUUCGCAUGGCAUAAGGGAUUGUCCUGAGGCAGCUGGGACCGCAACAUGUUAACAGAACCCAACAAGGAGGAAUCUUGCAAGUGCUAGCAGCUCUCCUUCAGGUUGGACCCUUCUGUGGACAAUGGGCAUGGUGUGGUUUUAGAUUCUCAAGGAACGUCCAUGUGUUAUUAUGGACACCAUAGAAUUCAAAACUUGUUGAAAAGCUGGAUGUGGUAGCACACACCUUUAAUCCCAUCACUUGGGAGGCAGAAGCAGGUGGAUCUUUGAAUUCAAGUUUACAUAGUGAGUUCCAGGUCAGCCAAAACUACAUAGUGAGAGCGCCCCCCUCCGCACCCUCCCC